CCGAUCAGCUUGAAGAGUGGGAAAGCGAUGUAAAACGAUUUCAAAUAAGUAGAAGAAUUUGUGAAUAACCGCCAAUAUUAAGCAACUAAGAGAAUCCAGGGUUUGUUGAAUUUUUCAAGAUAAUAUGGUGUCAGAAUUAAUCGUACCUACGAUCAUUAUGAUUGUUUUAUUCGUUUUAAAUGCCGGGGUGAUGUACUUCAUACUUCGGGAAAGAAAAAGAGAUAUAAUGGUACAAAUGGAAAGUUUGGUUAGCGGUCACACCUUCAACAAAAUCAGGCCCAGGUUGGCGGAUAAACUGGAAGUCAUUAGAUUCGACCCCUACAUUCAAAAGGAAAGUGUAUACAGGGAAAAAAAGAAGGUGCGCAGCAUGUAGGGAGGUGUAGGAAGAAAAUAAAUAUAAUUACAUUAUUAAAUACACUUUGUAUAAUUAAAUUACAUAAUAUAUAAACUUCAUAAUGUAAUACU